AUGUUUCCUCUCGAUGGUCCGGCUGCCUUCGCCGAGUCCGAUAAACUGUCGUUUCUGGCCGACAUCGUCAACGCCAAUCCGGAUCGACAUGGCAACUCUGUGCUGUUUGAGCAGGCCUAUGCGAACUUGACCGAGGACCGACUGAAGAGGGCCGAGGCGGAGAUGCAGGGAGACAAGGACUACCCGCUCAACGAAUCCCGUCUGCUUAUGCGGAGGAAGAUCCAAGCUCUGGACAUUUGGGCCCGUAUGCCUGCAAUCUGGAUUACCAUCAGUCCCAACGACAUAAAUAAUCCGGUAAAGAUGAAGCUUGCCAUUCAUAGGCUCCAUGAUUAUGAGUCUGCAAAGGAGCUUUUGGCCGAUCUCCGUGAAAGGUACGACAGAAUCGCCCUCAGCACCAUGGAUCCGGUCAGCUCGGCCAUCUUCUUCCACCGAGAAAUAUCUCUAUUCUUUGACAAAUACGUGAACACAGGCCAGGAAUCGAUCUUCGGGAAGAUCAGCCACUACUACGCCACGGUGGAAACGAACGAGCGAGGCAGCCUCCACUUGCAUGGACUCCUCUGGCUGGACGGCAACAUGCGGUUACCGAACCUGAUGGACGACAUGGCCAAUCCCGCGGAAGAAUCGUAUCGUGCCCAGGUGAUCCGAUACAUAGACUCCGUCUUUCAUGAGUGCCUAGAUGAAGAUGCCGGAAAAGCCGUGCGACAAUGA